GGUCAUGACAGCACUUUGUAUACUAUUUUUCUGUACUUACGCAGUGCAGAGUUUAGGUCAUUAAAGUUUUAGCAAGUUACUGAGCCCAUUUCUUGGGAAGCUGUGCGUGCCGAGUCCCGCACUGACUCUUUCUUUGAAUGACUUUGCUUCUUUUAACUUGCGCUCUCCCUUCCACAGGAAACAUGGUGGAAUGGUGUUUACCUCAAGAUAUUGACCUCGAAGGCGUCGAGUUCAAGUCCAUGGCCAGUGGGUCCCAUAAGAUCCAGUCUGAUUUCAUCUAUUUCCGGAAGGGGCCCUUCUUCGGCCUGGCCUGCUUCGCCAACAUGCCCGUGGAGAGCGAGCUGGAGCGGGGCGCGCGCAUGAAGUCCGUGGGCAUCCUGUCCCCGUCCUACACGCUGCUGUACCGGUACAUGCACUUCUUGGAGAACCAGGUUCGACACCAGCUGGAGAGGCCGGGACAUUACUCCCACCUGGCUGCCUUCUAUGAGGACAAGAAAGGGGUGCUCCAUGCCGGUCCUGGGAGGGGCGGCGGCCUGCCCCCCGUCUACUGGCUGCCUUCCAUCCACCGGUACAUGUACCCCGAGAUGAAGAUCACACACCCUGCCGGUUGCAUGUCUCAGUUCAUUAAGUUCUUCGGGGAGCAGAUCCUCGUUCUUUGGAAGUUCGCCUUACUUCGAAAGCGCAUUCUGAUAUUCUCUCCCCCUCCCGUGGGCGUCGUGUGCUAUCGAGUGUACUGCUGCUGCUGCCUGGCCAACGUCUCCCUGCCCGGCAUCGGGGGCACCAUUCCCGAGUCCAAGCCUUUCUUCUACGUGAACGUGGCCGACAUCGAGAGCCUGGAGGUAGAGGUGUCCUAUGUGGCCUGCACCACGGAGAAGAUCUUCGAGGAGAAGCGGGAGCUGUACGACGUCUACGUGGACAACCAGAACGUGAGGACGCACCACGAGCACCUGCAGCCGCUGCUCAAGGUCAACAGCGCCGACCGGGAGAAGUACCGGCGGCUCAACGAGCAGAGGCAGGCGCUGCUCUACUCCCAGGAGGUGGAGGGCGACUACAGCCCCUGUGAGGACGAGCUCUUUGUGCUGUUUUUCCUCGAGCAGAACAACCGGAUAUUCCAGACGCUGCUGGAGGUGUCCGCCAGCCAAGACAAGACCCUGACGGCCGAGCACGCGCGGGGCAUGGGCCUGGACCCGCAGGGCGACCGCAGCUUCCUCAUGGACUUGCUGGAGGCCUACGGCAUCGACGUCAUGCUGGUCAUCGACAACCCCUGCUGUCCCUGAUGGGGCCGGGCCGGGGAGCUGCUCACACGCGGGACUUCAGCCGGGCCCCAGAGCGCUCACUUUUUAUUAAGUGGACACAAAGGAAUAUAGUUUCUACUUUCCAACAA